AUGGAGUUCCUCUUGGGGAACCCUUUCAGUACUCCGGUGGGGCAGUGCCUUGAAAAGGCAACAGAUGGCUCCCUGCAAAGUGAGGAUUGGACGUUGAACAUGGAGAUCUGUGACAUCAUCAACGAGACUGAGGAAGGGCCAAAGGAUGCCAUUCGAGCCCUGAAGAAGCGACUCAAUGGGAACCGGAACUACAGAGAAGUGAUGCUGGCAUUAACCGUUCUGGAAACGUGUGUGAAGAACUGUGGUCAUCGCUUUCAUAUCCUUGUGGCUAAUCGUGAUUUCAUCGACAGUGUUCUGGUCAAAAUCAUCUCUGCCAAGAACAACCCUCCCACCAUUGUACAGGACAAAGUGCUUGCUCUCAUUCAGGCUUGGGCAGAUGCCUUCCGGAGCAGCCCAGACCUCACUGGUGUUGUGCACAUAUACGAGGAGCUGAAGAGAAAAGGAAUUGAGUUUCCCAUGGCGGACUUGGACGCUCUGUCUCCAAUACAUACACCACAGCGGAGCAUCCCCGAAAUGGAUCCAGCCAUGACCACACCCAGACCCCAGUUACAGCCAAGGACAAGUACCAGCUCCUGUUCCUUGCCUCCUGCUCCCUAUGCUGCUCCACAGGCUCCAUUUCCACGUGGCACUGGCCCCAUCAUAGCCAAUUCAGAACAGAUUGCCAGGCUGCGGAGCGAAUUAGAUGUCGUUAGAGGAAACACCAAAGUCAUGUCUGAGAUGUUAACUGAAAUGGUCCCUGGGCAGGAGGAUUUGUCUGAUCUGGAGUUGCUGCAGGAGCUGAACAGGACCUGUCGGGCCAUGCAGGAGCGCAUUGUCGAGCUCAUCCCCCAAGUGUCCAACGAGGAGGUCACAGAGGAGCUGCUGCACGUCAAUGACAACCUCAACAAUGUCUUCCUUCGUUAUGAGAGGUUUGAACACUACAGAUCGACCCUGUCCACACAAAAAGCCACUAAUGGAGUACUGAAUGAAGUGACAGAAGACAACCUCAUAGACCUAGGGCCAGGCUCUCCGGCUGUGGUGAGCCCCAUGCCAGGGAAUGCUGCUCCACCGUCCUCCCUCUCCUCCCAGCUUGCAGGCUUGGACUUGGGGUCAGAGAGUAUGAGUGGCACUCUCAGUUCACUCAAGCAGUGUAAUCCCCAUGAUGGCUUGGACAUGUUCACACAGACAAGAAGGAGUUCCUUGGCUGAGCAACGCAAGACGGUGAACUACGAGGACCCACAGGCAGCUGGGGGAUUGUCAUCGACACAGGACAGUCGGCCACAGAGCUCUGAAGUGAUCCCUGUGGUGCAGCCCUGUAUCAUGGACGACAUUGAGCUGUGGCUCAGGACAGACCUGAAGGGAGAUGACGCAGAAGAAGGGGUCACAAGUGAAGAAUUUGAUAAAUUCCUUGAAGAGCGGGCCAAAGCUGCUGAAAUGGUCCCUAGCUUCCCCUCACUCCCAGCAGAGACCCCCACCUUAACCUCCUCUGGCAGGAAGAAGCCUGAUCGAUCAGAGGACACCCUCUUCGCCCUGUGA